AUGGCUGAAAAGAAAGAUAAUGCAAAUGAAGAAGAAUUGUGGAAAUUCAAUAGAAUAGUGCUUACGAUAACUUUGUUAGUCUCGGUGCUUAUGAAUAUAAAACUAGCUUUGUUUAUUGCUAGAAAUGACAGAACGACAUGUCUACAAGAUGUUCAACACGGUGGUCAAAUACUGACUGCAACUCUGGCACCACAUGACAAACGUGAAUUGGCUCAAGUGAAUUUUAUGUCAUCCGAAGUUGAUGAGUACCUGGAUGAUAUGGACGACGGCAACGAGUUGAUUGAAUACGUGAACGUUGAACGGCGAAAUAAGUGGAUAUGGACAUCUUUAGUAGUUGGCGGGAUAAUAUUGGCAGCAGCAGCAACUCUCACAGCAGCCUGGGCUCCUGCAUUGGUAGCUGGGGGGUUGGGUAGAAUAAUAUAUUCGCUUGUGGUUGGAGCUAGUGCUAUCAUGGCUGUAGCAGGUUCGAUAGGCUCUACUGUUACUAAUGGAAAGAGGGACAGUUACAACAACGAUUGGCAACAUGGACAAUUUAUGAUGGUUGACGCAACGAAUACAAAAUACUACUUUUAUGAUGUAUUACAACUUCAUGGCAAUAGUAUUCAUGAAUUAUUAACCAGGUCAACUAUUAAUCAGUACAUGGCUUUUACGACUAACGGGACAGGUAGCGAUAAUGCAGGAGGGUUAUUAGGCUAUAGUGAUAAUGGCACACAUUUCAUACUAACAGAACAACAUUAUUCUAUAACAGAAUUAAUAAACGACAUAGUUGAUCAACACAAUGCUGACUGUAUAGGAGAUUGCUAUGUCAACAAUUUGAACAACAUCCAUUUAAUGAAAAAAACAAAUUAUUAUCAGGUAAAUUGGGCAAGCUAUAAUUAUGAUAUAUGGUCAGAGGAAUAUCAAUCAGAAACAAGGUAUCCAGGUUUGAAUGGGCAACAAGUAAUAGACGGAAUAAAUCAGGGGUACCUGAGAAAUGGAAAUCCCGACACUUGGAAGUAUUGCAUGUGCAUAGAUGGUGACACUAGUGGGCAAUACAAUGACAUACCAAUUAGAAUGGGUAUGACGGGAGAGGUAUACUUCAAUACAUAUGGUGGAAUCGAUGGUUACUGUAAUAACGCGCAUUGUGGUGCACAAUGUCAAAGCGAUGGCUGUACAUGA